ACGAGCUAGACUCCAUUCAAGUCAAAUAUUUACCCUGAAAUAAAGCACAGAGGCGACACACAUGGCUGACUAUCUGAUACAUGUUUUAAAGUGAAGCGACUCUAUUUUGUACAAGACUCUAACAACCGGUAGUGUUCAUACAGUCGAUGUGUUUUUCAGAGCUUGCUGGAAUGGCCCGAAAAGUUGCGAUUAAUACUUGGAGCACACCAAAUAUAUUAUUAAUGUCAUUUACAAACAUGGACAGCAUGGAGGAAAACGUGGAGAGCGCAUCUGCUUAUAGUGGGGUUUUACAACGUAGAAGCUUUCAUCAAACUCAAUAUGUACCAUUUGGAAGUCCUCUGAGAAGAGAGGCAAGGGAGGAGAAGUGGGAGUCACAGAGGAAUCAGAUAAAUUCUGACAAGGAACCGACACUAGAAAAAAGGGAAACCAAAAACUCAAAAACCAAUAAACCCAAGAGAAAUAACUAUAAACUCCGAGACGGGAGCAAUGGCGCUGGCCCUGCUGUUUACUCGGCAUCAGUGAACGGGACUAAUGCCCAAAAAGAUGAGGACAAGUGUUGCGUUGGUGAAACAGGACAGAUUAGGAAAGAGCCGAAGCUGACACUGACUGAUGCAUUGGUACAGGACGAUUCAGAGUCUGUCGAACUCUUCCUGAAGAAUGAAAUUAAUCUGUCCCAGGUCCUCGACAUCAGCGAUCUACAAAACCUCUACUUAAAAUGUUUCAAAGACGAAGACGAUGUUUCUGCACGGUUGCUGAGGAAGAGGAUAAACAAAUUAAGGUUCAUAGAAGGACUAAAACAAGCAUUGUGCUGUGGAUGUGCUAAGGAUAAUGAAAGGAGACCUGACCUUUUAAACUACAUUGGAAAUGUCAUAGCUGAUCUCCUUGGCAAUAAAAACAUAAAUAUGUACCCGGUACAGGGGAAAGAACAGCUGGAGAUCCGCGCUAAGCACUUAUUUAUUUGGGCCGUCCUGAUGAACCGUAUGAGUGUGGCCAAAUUCUUCUGGAGGAUUGGAAGUGGUUAUAUUGAAACUGCUUUGUUUGCGAGCUGUUUGCUGAAGAAGUUGUCUAAAAUGGCUUCCGAUGAAUAUGAGCAAGAACUCAGUGAGUCAUUGACAAGGCACUCUUCGAAGUAUGAAAAGGUGGCCUCGAAGGUCCUUGACAAAUGCUACCUACAGGACCGUGAACGGUCCAAGCAGUUGUUGAUCAGUGAAAUGAGUGAGUUUGGCAACACCACCCUCUUUUGUCUGGCCGAAGAAAACAAAUUGAUGGACUUCAUGGGCCGGAACUGUUGUCAGGCCAAGCUUGAGGAGAUCUGGAAGGAUGUCAUACCUCUGUCCACCUCAAGGAAAAUGAUCGUGGCAUCCAUAUUUAUGCCUUUGUUAAUAUCUGUCAAAAUGUUUGUGGAAAAUAAGUUCGACGACUUAAAUUCACUUUGUACCAAGGACGAGGAACUUAUGCCAGAACAUCAGGACGAUGCCUUCAGAGAGGCCCGUUGUGUAAAAAGAGCAAGUUUUUGUAAUGAAAAAGUGACUUCUUCUCCAGACUCCAAGUCAAAGACACAGGAAGGAGUUGGUCAUCAUUGGUGUUGCGAGAGCGCAAAGAAAUGCUUUCAAGAUAUUUGCUCCUUUUACACUGCACCAGUUACCAAAUUUAUUACAACUAUGUUCGCCAACAUUGUGUUUCUGGGGCUGUUUUCUUUCUUUGUUUUGACUGACUUGCAUCCUCUCGGUGAGAAUGGCGCCCCCUCUCUUGUGGAGAUCUUCACAUGGAUAUACGCAAUCAAUGGUGUGAUGGACGAGAUCAAUCAGGUUGUAACCAGAAAUCAUGGUUCCAUCUGGUACAAUAUUCGGAGUUGGCUUCGCAGUACGUGGAAUUGGUUUGACAUCGCCAUAUACCUUUCCUUUCUUACGUCGGUCAUUCUGAGGCUUUCGCUGUAUGGGAAGGACUUUAUCUGGGCCCGCAUGCUGUACAGCCUGACAUUGGGAAUGUGCUUUUUCCGCUUAUUGCAAUACUUCGAUGCAGAUCAAAAUAUUGGGCCAAAAGUCACUAUGAUCUCCAGAAUGUUAAAUGAUCUGAGGUUCUUCCUGUUGAUCCUGAUGGUGUUUAUCCUGAGUUUUGGAGUAACUUACCAUGCCAACUUAUACCCCAACGCAUCCCAACAGUGGUCUGUUCUAAAGGAUGUGCUGUACUACCCUUACUGGCAGAUGUAUGGUGAACUGUCUCUUGAAAACAUAGAAGGGAACGAACCAUCAGAGGAUGCAGGAACCUGCACAAAGAACGAGACUCUCUGGAGGUCAGGGAAGAUGGAACGCUGUCCAGAGAAAAGUUUUCUGGCAGUAUUGGUGAUGGCGGCGUUCUUGCUAUUGACCAAUGUUCUUUUACUCAACCUGUUGAUCGCUAUGUUCAGUGACACAGUCAAAAAAGUCCAUGAUAACUCUGAGAAGGAGUGGAGGUUCCACAGAUUUUCCCUAGUCUAUGAGUACUAUAACAAGCCUUUCCUCUUCCAACCAUUGAACAUACUGGUUUACAUAUUCUGGCCGUUUAGACGCCAUUUCUGCAAAGAAGACAGCUUCAGAAUGAAGCUGAAUGAGAAGGAACUGCCUAAGCUUCAGCGCAAAGCGAUGAAGAAGUACAAGAGCUCUUGGUGGACUCUGGAUAACGAAAAGAUAAAAAAUAAACUAAAAACAAUAGUCAAAAGAGUGGACAGAGUAAAUGAGAAUGUGGAUGAAAUUAAAGAAAAAGUGAAUAAUUUGUGGUGGAGGCACCAAAAACUAAAUGAUCGCUAAAAUAUUAAAAACGAGAGUCUACUCAUCAAGGAAAAUUCACAGUUGGAGGUAGAAGUGAACUAGUUGUCAAACUUUGUGAGGGAGUUAAGACAUGCUUGCCCUGAAUUUUGUUCUUCGCUCGCAUCCAAAAGAAAAACAGCAGCAAACUGUAAACAUCACUUAAUAUGUACAAAGCACCGAUCAUUUAUGGUGUUAUUUACUAGCUGUUGUAGGGGUCGUACUCUGUUUUUUCUGAGAUAUAAAUUGUAUCAGGGCGUCGUUUUAGAUUAUCCAUAACUUAACUAAAUCAGAAUUAAAUUUCAUCUUUGUAGAUUAUUUUUACACAUUUACAAAUGAGUCUCUUUAUUAUCAAGAAUUUGCAUGCUUUCACAGAUUUAUAGAAUUGAAUCAUUUUUAUGAAGUUAUAAUUUUAACUUGCCACUAGGGCCAAGCUGAAAGCUCAAGUGAGCUUUUCUGAUCCCAUUUUGUCUGGUGUCCUUCUGUCUGCCCGUUUGUCUGAGAAAGUUUUACAUUUUCGACUGCUUCCCCAUACCCACUGGCCAUUUUAACCAAACUCGCUACGCAUUGUUGGCUGAAGAGGAUUCAAAAUUGUUAAAAUGAAGGACCAAGCCUUCUUUCAAGGAGAGUUAAUUAAUAAUGAUUAAACAUUUGUUUGUAUUUUUCAUAUAUCUUCUCAUAAAAACAUUUGGCCAGAGGAGCUGUGGUCUAGGGUCAAAUUUUUUACAUAUGAGGAAUAUAUAUAUAGAAAAAUCUUAAGAAUCUUUGCAAAAAUAUUUUGGCCAGAAAAUCUGUAAGUUGUGUGGAAGCAUCCUCAGGUAGUGUUGAUUCAAAUUCGUGCAAAACAUGAUUCCGUGGGUUGGUAGGGGCCAUAAUGGGGGGAAGGGGUUUACACAGGGGUUAUA